AUGGUUCGCUACAUCCACAAUCCCUACUUGCAUGGCCGAGAGCAAGAAGGUUCCGAAAAAUGCACCGAAGAAUUUCUAAUUCAAUCCACGAAACGGGUAGUUGAAACGAUAUUGUCUCGACGUCGGGAUGAGGAUGAGAUGAAUGAUGCCGCUCCUUACAAAGGGCUUGCCGGGAUCGCGCUGUGCUUGGCAAAGGCCGGUCGUCAUUUGGGAAAGCGGGACUUGUGUAGCGAGGCCGAGAAAUUGCUGCAGCGAGCUCACUCUUUGCGACAUGAGAAAUCAGAGAAGCAAGCUCGCUACUUGGACGGGGACCUUGGGACGAUGACCGUUGCGCUCACCUACAAAAGAGAUGAGGGCAUUGAGAAGAACAUUCACGCGCUUGUUCGCGCCCUGAUUGGCCCCGAGUUUCCCUGCGACGAGGUGCUCUACGGGAGAGCUGGAUUUUUGGCGGCCGCUUUGUGGCUGAAGAUUGCUCACGGCACGGAUGUAAUCAACCCCACAGAUGUCAAGGCCGUCAUUGAAGAAAUUGUGUAUCGAGGAAAAGAAGGAAAAUCUGGGGAUUCUUCACCUCCAUUGAUGUGGGAAUGGCAUGGUACCGAUUAUUUGGGGGCGGCGCAUGGAGUUGCUGGAAUAUUGCAUCUGAUUUUGAGUUUCCCGGAUCUUCUGACCGCCGGGGUGCACGCCGAUGUAAUACGAACGGCCGAAUGGAUGGUCAGCAUCCAAGAUGACACCGGGAAUUUUCCAUCUUCCAGAAAGUGGAUCGGAAAGGGCAAGGAAGAGCCGCUGGUGCACUGGUGUCACGGAGCGCCGGGUGUCGUCCCGCUUCUCAUCACAAUGCAUCGGCACGAGGCUCGUGAUAACUAUCUGGAGGCCCUGCUUCGCGCCGGUGAGCUGAUCUGGACGGAGGGGCUUCUUAAAAAGGGCCCCGGCCUGUGCCACGGGAUUUCUGGGAACGCCUAUGCACUCUUGAGUAUCUGGAUCAGAAACACACACACCCAGGAUCAGAAAUGGCUGGAUCGCGCUCGAUGUUUCGCCUUGCUAAUGAUGGACGACGAGAUCCGCCACCAGCAACGUACCCCCGACUCGCCAUAUUCGCUGUAUGAAGGAUGGGCUGGGGCGCUGUGUCUCCUUGUCGAUCUCCACGCACCCGACCAGGCCCAGUUCCCGUUGUUCCCGAUUGUUUUU